UGGGUGCGUGCAAAGGUGUGGUGUGGUUAAAGUUAUGUGACUGUCUAUAAUUUAAUAUAAAUAGUGUCUAGAUUAGUUGUCUACUAGAAAUCAUAGCCUGCAGCCAGUGGUCCUUUCUCGGCAACGCCAUCAAGCAGAUCAUCUGAUGAUGGAGGCUCCUAACUCUAGUGUCAAUGUAUGUGCAUCGAAGUAUGGAACUGCCGAUAAUGCAUUUCUUUGGGUCUGCAUUGUUCUUGGUAUGCUAGUAGUGAUUGGGCUCAGCUUCACAUACCAGAGAAUCAACCUGUGUAAGCAACUGUGCUGGAGCUUACCUGGAAUUGUACAGCCAGUGAACCUGCUCACCCACUCAGCUGAUUACAUCAUCAACCUCGUACUCUUUGCUGCUCUAUCUGGAGACAUUGGUAUAGUUCUGAUGACGCAGCAUAUGAAGUUACCUACUACCAACCCUUAUACAGCCAUCUUUUAUCAAACAGUUUUGACGCCCGUAUUCUCUGUCCUGGAAGUGUCGGUGAAGUACUUCCCCCUGUUCUCGUGUGUAGACGCUCCAAUACCCCUCGUAGGACACAUAGUUGGUCUGAUCUACCUGCCAUUCCUGCUCUGUCAUAUCAUUGUGAGGGACGUUGGACUCUCUUGUGUCCUCGGCAACAGCAAUGAUGUUAUUACUGGCCUGUACAUAGGCAUGAGACUGCCCAUCUACCUUGUGCUCCUAUGCAUAGUCGUGUGGUACAUUUAUGCUGUUGUGCGUGACUGUGUCUUGUGUCGCAAGCUGGGCUUUGGCACAGCAAUGGAGCAACUUAAUGGGGCCCAUCGAACGUACAACUAUUACAAGCAGUGUGUUACACAUCUCUUCAAAAAGAAACUUCAGAAUUCUAGGUGUCUCUCUUCUUUCUGUCCAUGCAUUCUUUCACCUCGAAAGUUGCCUCUCAGAUUUUCUGCAGCAGUGACUGUCUCAACAUUAAUUCUCUAUCAGGUUUGUUUCCUUCUGAGUGGCAGUUUGUUUAAUUUUCUCUCAUUUCUGGAACGUAUACUGGGGGAAAACGAAUCAUUCCUUGUCCAAUGGUUCGAAACUAAUCAUCUUCCUGGUGGUUUUUAUACUGCAAUCCUGGAGGUCGCACGGUCCCUGUUGGUUGUGCUCCCUGUGUCUCCUGUGGUUUCCUUGGUGAUUUGUUUUCUGCUGAUAAUUCAUAUGGUCGUCUCCGUCUAUAAGAGUCUCCAAGCUUCAGCAAGGGGUAACACCGUGGUAUCAAAGGGAUUUUCCUCAUUUCGAUUGGCUGCUUCUCUAAGAUACGCUGGCUAUCAAAUUGCAUAUUGCCUCGCUGCAUUUGUGUCGUACACUCUUGUCUUGUGGAUCCUAGGUCUGAUUGCAAUCUUAUUCUUUUUUGGCUUCAAAUACAUGGCAGAUUAUGCUUUCUACGCCUUAGCCUCAAUCCUGAUUCCACUCGCCUGGAUUGGAUUUGUUCUUGCUGCUCAAGUCAUCGCUUGCAAGACAAUGUUUUUGAAGCGUGGUGGAGGACGGUUCAUUAUCAUUUCCAACCAGAAAAUAUUUCAAUGGUUUAUGUUCGUCCUGUUCAUCUACAACACUAUCAUUGGACUGGCCUCAGCCUUGUUUCGUGUUCUCAUCUCCGCCACGAUGGGAUUGUUGCUGAUGUUAAGGCUGGAUAGAGUCAUCCUUAUGAAGGGGUUCGAGCCCUUUGACAUAGGGCACAAUACGUACAUUGGCUUUCUCCAUGUGGACCUUGCAUACAACAACGCCGUGGUGCAUGUAUUUGUCCGCCUCAUGGCAGAUCUGACCACUGGCACUACGUCUAGACGAUCUCCGUUUAUUCCCACGCCCCCUGAAGUAACUUACGAUACGGAUCUUGCCUAUGGCGUACAAGAAAACAACACUCUUUCUCGUGAGAUGAAAAAAAGAAAGACGUAUGGUGUGUUCGAAACUCAAGAUACAUCUGAGAGGCCAUCUAAAGUCAGAUCUCAUAGAAUCAGGAAUCGCUGGCUGGUGGCUUACACACUCUUGCGUAAUCCAAGCCUUCAACCUCUCACAGCCAGUCAGCUGCAAGACAAAGACAAGGACACUGCACAGUAAUAAACACUCUAUUUUGUAACAUUCUGCGUAGAUAUAUGUAUAUAGUCCUCGACCCCUUUAGUGGAGCUUUCUUUUCUCCUGAAUAUGAGUUUUUUCACCUUGUUAUCUGUUUUAUGAAUGUAUCGGUAACGAAAGUUUUAGUUUUGUUACCACGUACCUGUAAUAUCCAUCUCAUAAUACCUUA